UCUUUGCUUCUCCUCGUCUUCUCGUCUCCUCGUCUCUCACGUCUCUCGGAUCCCGACUCCCAGCUCCCCGCGCCCCAUCCCCACCUCAUCUCGCCCCACCAUGCCAAGCACAACAGACCAGACGCUCGAGCAGCAGAACGAGGAGGAGCUGAGCUCGCUGCACAACAAGAUCAAGAAUCUGCGGUCGGUCACGAUCGACAUUCUGGACGACUCGGGCCGGCAGAACAACCAGCUGGAUCAGACGGUGAGCUUGUUUUGUGGGCAGAGUGGUAUGGUGAUGAGAGGGGGAUACACUUUGGUUUGCGGUGUGCUUCUCGCACUGCUCGCGCUGGGCGUCGCAGCACCGCCCCCUCGCUCUCCGUUCUCGUGCACCCCACUCCGUCCUUUCUGUUGCACGCCGAGCCAUUGGUUCGCGCGGCGCCCUCAUCCUAGCCCUCCCUCCCUCAUCCCACAUUGUCCCCCCUCCCAGUGCGCCUCCGCUGACCCCAGAACAACACAUUCUCCCAGUUUGCCAACUCGCUCUUCUCCACUUCGCGGCACCACAGCCGCAGCAUAGCCGCGUCCUCGACGCUGCGGCAGUACCGCACCAUCGCAUGGAUUGUUGGCGUCGUCGUCGCCCUCUGGCUUGUGCUCAAGCUGUGGCACAUUGGCGGCGGCGGCAGCGCGCAGACGGGCGAGUACUGAUGGAGAGAGCAGGUUGUAACCUCAUGUACAGUGCUAGAAUACCUCCGCUACGGCUUGUACACUGCUACAGUACAACACUAACUUGUCACGGGCGUCGGCGGGCGGCAGUAGGGCGUGCGCGGCGCAUGGUCCGCCCAUGUGGGCAGCCCGCUCCACCACUCGGGCACGCUCACGUCGCUGCUGUCAGCGAUGGGGGUGGGGGGUACUCACGCGCGCCAGCCGGCCAGCACGCCGUCCCACUCGCGCUGCAGCCGGUCCGCGUCCUCUUCGUACCAGAACGCGACGU